AGAUCUAAACCACGAGUGACCACAGAGGAUGUUAGCUGAAGUUUAAUUCCAUGGAUAAUACAGGCUUACGCUGAUUAAUACCAGGUGGACGAGGACUAAUAGUCUGCUUAUUGCAGGUAAAGAGGAUUGCGUUCAGACCCUCAGACAGACCCCUGCCUUGCUGAGCCAGACACAAAAACCUGAACAUGUCCAGUCAGAACGUUGGUCAAGCGUCCUAUCCGGAGCACAUCGAAACUAACGGGUCGUCCGAAGAGGCUCCAAAUGGGCGUCUGAAGGUGAUUUCCAGAUCAGACUCGGACCUGCUGGCUUCCCUUGAUUGUGAGGACGUUGGGCCUGUUUUUGGCCAGAGCGACUCUCUGUCUGACUACGCUGCUCAGAGGAAGGAAACGGAGCAGAUGCCCUCGCUCGACUCCGAAUGGGAUGAGAUUGAAAGGAUCAUGACUUUAAUUGCUGGCAUUGAGAUCCCAGAGGAACGUCAGCCUGCACUGGAAGAUGCAGCUGGGAGCCGCGUGCUGGAGCAGUCGGUGGGGGAGUGGCUGGAACACGUGGGCUUUCCUCAGUACGAGAGCAAACUGGUGCUCAAUGGCUUCGACGAGCUGCGCUACAUGGGGAGUAACGUGAUGGAAGACGAGGACCUUCACGAAAUUGGCAUCACCGAUCCAGGCCACAGAAAGAAAAUCCUUCAUGCAGCAAAAAGCCUUCCAAAGGUGAAAGCUCUGGGAUGUGACGGCAGCACCUCUCUGUACUCUUGGCUGGAAAGUCUUGGACUCGGAGAGUAUCUGCACAACUUCUUGUCUAGCGGGUACCGCACGCUGGAAUGUGUGAAGAAUCUGUGGGAACUCGAAAUUGUUAAUGUGUUAAAAAUUGGCCUUCUUGGUCACAGAAAAAGGAUCAUAGCCUCGAUAGCAGAGCGACCGUAUGAAGAAGCACCUUCGAAAACAAACCGUUUUUCCCAGCUUAAGAUUCAGGACCUGCUGUCUCAGAAUGCAUCACCGCUCAGCUAUAUGGAUCCAUACACCAGUCGCUCCAUGGACAUGUUACUUCCGCUCGGAGAGGCAGGCAGGAAGAGCAGAGCUUUGGAUCAGGACGGCAGUAUCUCCCUUCGCUCCUUCGGUGAAAGGUCACGCUCACAUGAUCGUCAUGCAGAUCGACACUCACGUCAGAAUCGCCCUACCAGCCAAUCUCACACAUACACCACUGUCUCCGCCUGGCACCAUCAUCCUGAGAAGCUUAUCACCGAAUCCUGCGUUUAUGAGGCCAGAUAUUUGGGGUCUGUGAUCAUCCGAGACCUAAGAGGAAUUGAAUCUACACAGGAGGCCUGCGCCAGAAUAAGGAAAUCAAAGGAUCACCGGAAAGGUCCCGUCAUUAUCCUGAACAUUACCUACAAAGGAGUCAAGUUUGUUGACGCAGCCACAAAGGCGAUGGUUGCAGAACAUGAGAUUCAGGACAUCUCGUGUGCGGCCCAGGAUCCGGAUGACCUCUGCACAUUUGCUUAUAUCACAAAAGAUAUGAAGUCUGGUUAUCAUUUCUGCCAUGUCUUCACUACUGUAGAAGUGACACAGACCUACGAGAUCAUUCUGACGCUGGGACAGGCGUUUGAGGUAGCAUAUCAGAUGGCUCUCCAGGCACAGAAGGCUCGUCGUCACAGUUCAUAUGCGGGUCCAGCUCCUGAAAACAUCGAAAUCAAGACCAACAGGCCAACCUCGCAGUCCCGCAACAGUACACGCCGCUCCACCGGUGCACCUGUGCUUGAAUGCCGCUGCUGUUACUGUCACACAUGCUCCGCCCACCGCCCCUCCUACCUCCCGCUGCCCUCUAUCAGCCCCGGAGUUCAGUCUCACUCCUCGCUCCUACUUCCUCGGCAGAUCGACCCGCUGGAGCUGGAAACGGACCUGCAGUCCCUGGGCAGCACCAGCUGGCUUUACGAACCACGGAGCUCCUCCAGGCCUUCGAGUAGCACCAAGUAUGAGACCACCAUAUUUUGAAGCAGGGCACAGUCCUUGUCCAGUCCCGCCUGCUGCCCCAUUUCAACCCCACGCCCCAUAAACUCGAGUGCCCCGUGCCUUCUCACUGUGAUUUGUAGCCUCCCUCAGGGCAAGACUACUUCCCACUCCAAUCCCGACCCCAGCCCUUGCCUGCAUUGCCCUCUCUGAAAGUUGAACGCCUCCACCAUCCUGUUAUUGUCGUCUUGAUCCAAUGAGCGCAUUCUGGAAAUCCUUGGAUUUGCCGUAUAACCAGCCUCCUCAAACUCUUCCGUCAUGGUCUAAAAUCGCCUCUGAAAAGCUUCCCUAUUUUAUACAGUACACUGAAUGUUUACGGUUUGGUCCCUCGUAUCGGAGGGUUCUCUUAUCUCAAAACCUCGAACUUUUAGGCGCAGGGUCCUAUCGAGUAGCUCGGACACUUGUAGCAUAUCUACAUCUCCUCAUCCGGAUGGAUACGUUGGUGGAACUUUUGUUAGAAAUUAGUAGAUCCACAAACUGCAACAGCAAUACUAGUACUGUUUUUCAAGUUUACGUAUGUUCACGAUCAUGAAUGCAGCAUAACGCAGAUUCCCAUCAGCGCUCCUUAAUCCCUGUAGCACUAGAUCACUUUUUUUUUCCUGUAGUUGGACCCACGUUUCCCCCAUCCAGCCGUUCUUCAGUUUUUCAAAAAGAGAGUUGGGUCUUUAAUCUCAAUUCACAUCCAGUGCUUCCUUUUGUCUUACCAGGCAUCUGCAGCUCUGAGGCCCUUGGAAGAAACACUAUGCCUGUUUAGAGCAUUUAGAGGUUGGGAUUUGAAAUGCAAUACAUUUACUGGGAAGAGUAUAAUACAGCCCCAAGAAAAUGGAAUAACCAAGACAACAUUCCCAUUCUGUUUUCUAGUUGUUUUUUGGGAUGUAAUUUGUUUAACGAGCUUUUAUCUAACAAGGGAAUACAUUUUAUUUGGUAAAGUUCUAUAUUUGUAACUUUACAUUGUUAACAUCACGUAGUAAGUGCGUGUAUACCCUCUGUUCAUUUUGUGAUUGAUGAGUUGUUGUGUAAAAUUAGUUACCUCUGAGAUUUCCACACACACACAAAAAAAGUCGUUUGCAGAAAAAUGAGACAAAAUAUUUUCGUAGACAUGAUAACGAUAUAUAUGUUACUAUUUUCAAUUGUAAAUUAAUUCCCACGGUGAGAGUUAUCUUUAGGUAAAAUGAUAAUGAAGCCAAGAUGAGACAAUGCACCAAGGCUAAAGUAAAAGAAAAAAAAACAGCCUUAAGCAUAUUGUGACAAGUACUGAUUGAAAAAAAAAACUGUAAGUUUGCACCACUUUGUUUAUUCACGCAAAAAAAAGGUUAUUUCAGUGUGUUAGAUGCUAGAAAUGUGUUAUUCUGGUUGAUUCUGUUUUCUGUUUCAUGGUUUGUUUUGUGUUGUUUCAUGUACCACGUUCACACUGCAGGUAAAUACGCUUUUGUCUAGCAGUUCUGUUGUUUUCGGAAGUAACAAAAGCGAUUUAAAACCAAAUUUACGAAUGAAACGUUAGCUGUUUCUCAAUAUACGUUCUUCAGCGAUGUAACCUCUGACAUCAUCAUCAACUGCCAAAGCUCAGUUCCAAUACUUAAGACCCCAAGAACGGAGUACGAGUGAAACUUCUCGGAUUUGUUCUUAAUAUCGAGGACGCACCGAUGCAAACUUGAGCACUGAACUCGCUCUAGAAGUCCCAGAAGUCAUUGCAACCAGUGUUGCCAACUAUUUUCAAUGAAAAGUAGCUAAAGCCUGCCAGAAAAGCAGCUAAAUGUUGUCAGAUGACAUCACGCACUAAUUUGCAUAUCAGUGACAUCAUCACGUAGUAUCUGACAAGCGUUAGCCAGUCAUGUCUCUACUUUCUGAGGCGCUGUGUAUUAUAUUGUACUUAAAUAUUACAUCCAGAUGCACAAUAAAUAGGUUCUUAUUAACAAAUUACUUUUCGUGACGACAUCAUUGCGUAAUCACAACUCAAAACUACACAUUUAAGUUGAAUACAAAAUAAUGACUGCUUUCUCAAAUUGACUGGCCAUCUCAGCAAAAACAUUAUUUGAAAUAUGUCUAUUUAGAUUUGUAGGAAAAAUAGGAUUGGCUAUUUGUAAAAGUAAUACAAACACUUCUUAAUAAGAACUUUUUAUUUUUAAAUAUAACACUGAUAAUGAACAGUUACAUUAUUUUAAACAGUCACAGCUGGUGUACUUACUCUUUUUUUAACUUGUGUAAUUAACACAUUUGUGAAUGUGACAACAAUUAUUGCACUAUUGGAAUUUAUUGCUCCCUAAAUUACCAACAAUUAUACAUGUUAACAACUAUCAGUAAAAUAAUAGUUAUGAAAAACAAUCUGAGCUAGUUAAUCUGCUGAGUGAAGCCUGCAGCCACUGCUCCUUUGAGUCACUUUUUUAAAAAUGGCUAAAAGUAGCCAAAUUCAAUUAAAUUCAGUUCACUUUUAUUUGUACAGCGCUUUUACAAUGUAAAUUGUGUCAAAGCAGCUUCACAUAGAAGAUCAUAGUGAACUGAAACAGCGUCAGUCCAGUUUUCUGUGUUUAAGUUCAGUUUAGCUCAGUUCAGUGUGGUUUAAUAUUCAAGGGGGUAUAUGCCAAGCUAAUGUGUUUCCCAUGCUGAUACACUUCCGGUGACCUGUUAUCGUGAUUUUUGUCCAUUUUAUAUGGUUUCUUUUAAAGCAUCGAUGUUGUAAUGUCAUUCAAAUAUAAUCAGUUAAACAGACUUUGGCAUCCAUUUAGUUGCUCAAGCGUAUAACGAGACAAAAAGCCGUUUGCUCGCAUGCGCCCCUCAGAAUCGGCAGGUUAGCGCAGAAGCUCCAUUGAAUAUACUGGGGUAAAAUAAAUGCUCAUAUUAUAAAGACAUGGCGGGGAAAAUGUAAUUUAAUGCGGUGCUUCUUGUACAAUCUGAGUCCCACUUUAUAUCGGAUAUCACUCAGCCAGUGGAGAUCGCAGAUUUUUAAAGAAAACAGACCUUUAACGCACCGAUUUUGCAAAGGCAUACAGUUUGCCGGAAACGAUUAACCCAGGUUACUGGCAAAUUGAAAGUCCUAUUAGCAUGCUUCGGCAUGGUCCCUAUACUGAGAGUCCAAACACUGAAGAGCAAAUCCACUG